AAGAAGAAGGAGGAAAAUAAAAAGCUUAAGAAAUCAGAUUUUGAGAUCACAAGUCCCAUUCCCCGUGGGCAGAAGCUGAGGCCAACGCAGGAGUAUGGGAUAUAUGAGCAAGCUUCAAGUCUAGGUCCUUCACAAGUAGAUAUCAAACGGGGAAACUGGAAUACAGGCAGCACAUCCAGUACUGCAAGCAGCAACAGUAACCGAUCCAGCACUCGAAGUACACUAAGUAGUGGAAGGGAAGGAGAUAAUGAGGAGGAGUUACCAGAUGAGUCAUCAGAGGAGCCUCCAAGAUGCAAUCCUCGGCACGCUUCCCUGCCAAGACAAAGACCUCCUCCAAGGCCACCAAGGAUACAAAACCAGAGUACUAAAAGG